AUUCCUGACUGGGAAAAAUGACGGGCAGUCACUCCCAAUCCCCAGUACUCUCUUUCUCUUCCUCCCUUUUGCGUCUGCUAUAUCUUUUCUUCCUCUCCAUGUCUCCUUGAUCACGAUCCGACGGUCCAGAAUGAACGCUUAUCCUUUUGCUUGUUUCCUCUGCUUUUAGUCCUGCAAAUCCUCAGAUCUACUUUCGCCUCCCUCCUAAGCUUCCUUUUUUCUACUUUCCUUUUGAUUUUAGCUCUGCAAUUCCUCAGAUCUACUCUCUCCGCCUUCCUCAUCUUCGUUUCUCGGUGAACUGAGUUUUUCCAAAAACAAAAAAGCUAAUUUUUACCAAAAACAACUUUCCGCCGGCGAGUUUUGCUCGUAAUUCAAGGUUGCCUUUAGAUUUAUCGUUGGCCGUAGUGAAAUACUGAAGUUGCCCACAGUUCGAUGGCGGUUACGGUUAGUUACGUCGCGCUAACAUGCGCCGGUGAAACUCUAGCUUCCAUGUUCUUGUCGGCUCUUGUCAAUACCCACCUUGUAGCUCUGAACUCCUUUACAUUGCUGGUGGCUAACAAACCUGGAAUCAAGGGUGACCAUUCCCAAAACCAGCCUAAGCUGAAGGACGCUGAUGGGGAAGAUAAUGAUGACGACAAUGAUGAUGGCGAUGGUGGGGAUGGUGAGUAUGGAGAUGGUGAAGAAGAGCUGUCCUCGGAAGGCGGGGAAUAUGGCAACAAUGGUAAUAGCGAGAAGAACAAUCCAAAGAAAGGACUGGGAGAUGGUGCGACCGGGGCAGAACAAAAUGGAGAAGACGAAGACAAUGAAGAUGGAGAUGGUGAAGACCCUGAGGAUGAGGAUGAGGACGAGGACGAGGAUGAUGAUGACGAUGACGAUGGAGAGGAUGAGGAUGAAGAGGAUGUUGAAGAAGAAGAAAAUGAAGAUGAGGAAGAAGAAGAUGAAGAUGAGGAAGCCCUGCAGCCACCCAAGAAAAGGAAGAAGUAAAUUGUUAGGAAAUAAGUUGAAGCCUCCUCCAUUAAAGAAAACCCUUUUGGUUUAGGUAAACUGGUUCAUCUAACACUAUGUGAUGUUUUAUUUAGGCAUUGAGGAGGGUGCUGUUUAGGGUUAAUGUUUUUACGCAUUAUAUAUCAUCACACUUCAUUUUCCUUUUCCAUAAUUAGAGUACUGUUAGAAGUAUUUGAACAGCGGCAAAAAAGAUUCUAUUGAAAAAAAAAUGUAUGAUUCCGGCCGCUUCUCAUUAAUGUUAAUGGAUAUGAUAGUUUUGCUAA